AUGUGUAACGCCGAACAGAGGGAUAUUAAAGAAUCGGAGUUGGUACAACACGCAGAAACUGUUCAAGAAGAACGUCAAAAAAAUGCAGCAGGUGAAGGUGGACCAUUAUCACCAGGCGAAGAUGAAAUGCAAAUAGAAAAAUUAAUACACGCAGAAAUGAGUGUUGAACCAAAAUUAGAAUCAUUACAUGAAGAAGAAUGUACUUAUGCUCGUUUGUUGGCUACUACUCAUCAUCAAGUAUCACAAUUAUCAGAUUGGGCUAAACGUGUACCCUAUUUUUUAUCACUCUCAUUAGAGGAUCAAGUCGCUUUAGUUCGUGCAAGUUGGCGUGAUAUAUUAUGUUGUUCAUUAGCUUAUCGUUCAAUGUUAGCUCCCGAAUGUGGUCUUGUACUCUUUGAUGGUUCAUAUGUUAAACCACAUACAGCUGUUGAUCAAUCAUUACAAUUUUUUAUUACGCGACUUUAUCAUGAUGUUGUUACAAUAAUGAGAGAAUUACAGGUUGACAAAGUAGAAAUAGCAUGUCUUAAAGCAAUAUUCUUAUUUGAUCCGGAUGCGAAAGAUGUUCAAGAUACUGCUCGUAUAAGUGAAUUACGUGAAAAAGUUUGUAUGGCAUUGGCAUCUUAUUGUAAAAAAGUUCAUUCAGAUGAUGUAGCACGUUUUGCUAAAUUAUUAUUACGUAUGCCACCGAUUCGUGGAUGGUGUAUUAAAGGUAUUGAAAAUUUAUUUUUUGCUGGAGCUGCACGAUCAGCUGAUAGUGAAAUUAUACAAAUGAUUCGUGAUCGACAAUUGUGA